CGGCUCCGUCCGCCCCGCGCCCGGUCUAUCCUGGUCCAGCGCCUCCGGCCGACCCCGCGCCUCCGUCUCCGUCCCCAGCCCCCGGUGUGCGCAUCUCGCGGGAAGGUUGUAGCUGGACGCCAGAGCGCACGGAGGCUCGAGGGGCCAAACAUGGGGGGCUCCGGAAGGUCCCCGCUGCUGCUGCUAGCUUUCCUACUGCGCGCCUGGACGUCGUGCCUCGGCGAGCCCACGGAGAAGCCUGCAAGCCUGCCUGCAGAUAAAUUAUUAGUCAUAACUGUUGCAACAAAAGGAAAUGAUGGAUUUCAUCGAUUUAUGAAUUCAGCCAAGUAUUUCAAUUAUACAGUGAAGGUCCUUGGUCAAGGGGAAGAGUGGAGAGGUGGUGAUGGGAUUAAUAGUAUUGGAGGGGGCCAGAAAGUGAGGUUAAUGAAAGAAGUCAUGAAACAUUAUGCCAACCAAGAAGAUCUGAUUAUCUUAUUUACUGAAUGCUUUGAUGUAAUAUUUGCUGGUGGUCCAGAAGAAGUUCUUAAAAAGUUCCAAAAGACAAGCCACAAAGUCGUCUUUGCAGCAGAUGGAAUUCUGUGGCCAGAUAAGCGACUGUCAGACAAGUACCCUGUUGUGCACAUUGGAAAACGCUACCUGAAUUCUGGAGGAUUUAUUGGCUAUGCUCCAUAUAUCAACCACAUUGUCCAGGAGUGGAAUCUCCAGGACAAUGAUGAUGACCAGCUAUUUUACACUAAGGUUUACAUUGAUCCCGUGAAAAGGGAAGCUUUUAACAUCACUUUGGAUCACAAAUGCAAAAUAUUCCAGGCCCUAAAUGGAGCUAUAGAUGAAGUCGCUUUAAAAUUUGAAAAUGGUAAGACCAGAGUCAAGAAUACAUUUUAUGAAACAUUACCAGUGGCGAUUAAUGGAAACGGACCCACCAAAAUUCUCCUAAAUUAUUUUGGAAACUAUGUACCUAAUUCAUGGACACAGGAAAAUGGAUGUACUGUUUGUGAUAUUGAUACAGUUGACCUGUCUACAGUAGAGGUGCAUCCAAAUGUAACCAUGGGUAUUUUUAUUGAACAACCAACCCCUUUCCUACCUCGGUUUCUGGACAAGUUGUUGACAUUGGAUUAUCCCAAAGAAGCACUUAAACUUUUUAUUCAUAAUAAAGAAGUGUACCAUGAAAAGGACAUCAAGGAGUUUUUUGAUAAAGCUAAACAUGAAAUCAGUACUAUAAAAAUAGUAGGACCAGAAGAACAUCUAAGUCAAGCAGAGGCCAGAAACAUGGGAAUGGAUUUCUGCCGUCAGGAUGAAAAGUGUGACUAUUACUUCAGUGUGGAUGCAGAUGUUGUUUUCACAAAUCCAAAAACUUUAAAAAUUUUGAUUGAACAAAAUAGGAAGAUCAUCGCCCCUCUUGUUACACGUCAUGGGAAGCUGUGGUCCAACUUCUGGGGAGCAUUGAGUCCUGAUGGGUAUUAUGCUCGAUCUGAAGAUUAUGUGGAUAUUGUUCAAGGGAAAAGAGUAGGAAUUUGGAAUGUCCCAUAUAUGGCUAAUGUGUACUUAAUUCAAGGAAAAACACUCCGAUCAGAGAUGAAUGAGAGGAACUAUUUUGUUCGUGAUAAACUGGAUCCUGACAUGGCUCUCUGCCGAAAUGCCAGAGAAAUGACUUUACAAAGGGAAAAAGACUCCCCUACUCCGGAAACAUUCCAAAUGCUCAGCCCCCCAAAGGGUGUGUUUAUGUACAUUUCUAACAGACAUGAAUUUGGACGCCUUCUAUCAACUGCUAAUUACAAUACUUCCCACUAUAACAAUGACCUCUGGCAGAUUUUUGAAAACCCUGUGGACUGGAAAGAAAAGUAUAUAAACCGUGAUUAUUCAAAAAUCUUCACUGAAAACAUAGUUGAGCAGCCUUGUCCAGAUGUCUUUUGGUUCCCCAUAUUUUCUGAAAAAGCCUGUGAUGAAUUGGUGGAGGAAAUGGAGCACUACGGCAAGUGGUCUGGGGGAAAACAUCACGACAGCCGUAUAACUGGUGGUUAUGAAAAUGUCCCCACGGAUGAUAUUCACAUGAAGCAAAUUGACCUGGAGAAUGUUUGGCUCCAUUUUAUCAGGGAGUUCAUUGCACCAGUUACACUGAAGGUGUUUGCAGGCUAUUACACAAAGGGGUUUGCACUGUUGAAUUUUGUAGUAAAAUACUCUCCUGAAAGACAGCGCUCUCUUCGUCCUCAUCAUGAUGCCUCAACAUUUACCAUCAACAUUGCUCUCAAUAAUGUAGGACAAGAUUUUCAGGGAGGUGGGUGCAAAUUUCUAAGAUACAAUUGCUCCAUUGAAUCCCCCCGGAAAGGCUGGAGUUUCAUGCAUCCUGGGAGACUCACACAUUUGCAUGAAGGACUUCCAGUUAAAAAUGGAACAAGAUACAUUGCAGUGUCAUUUAUUGAUCCCUGACUUAUUUACUUUCCAUUGAACUGAAUUUCUUUUUGGGAUGGACAACUGGCAUGAACGUAUCUCUGAAGUUGUGCUUAAGAAGAUGAGAGGAAUGUUUAAGUAGUAUCAACAAAACAACUUCACUUGGGGCCAAGCAUUUUAAAAACUAUAAAAAUUACUUGUGUUUCUUGAUGCCUGCUCUGAGCCUUAAAACACAGAUUGAAGAAAAGAAAGCAAACAAGGAAAACCCAGUAUUUAUUUCUGUGCUUUAAGAUUGUCUCUGAAAAUAACAGCAGUUUUCCUGAAUUUGUGUUUCAUAUUUAUAAAAUAUUCAGGUACAAAUGAUGUGUCAUUAGCAAGCCUAAUAAUAUUUUCUUAUUUAAGGGAAACCUAAGAAGAAUUAUAUUUAUCAACAUGUAGGGGAAAUUUAGAAAAUGGAUAUAAGUGAAAAUCAAUAAGUUUUGAAGCCAGAAAUCUAUUUACUGAAUUUAUAUACAACUACUAAGUAAUGACUUCUACAUGUCUCUUGCACAGUAGUUACACAAAGAUAAUGUUAACACAAAAAUGUUACCCCAGGAAACUAAACGAAAGCACAAAAGGACCAUGUCCAUCGGAAACACUUUGAGUGUUAUACCUUGUCUGGCAUUCAUAUGAGAUAUCAGACCUCUGACGUUGGUAUGAGAUACCAGACCCCUGCCUAUGUUCCUCAGAAGAACCACCAGUAGUGUAUGACAGGCAGUCCUGUAGUCUAGCCAGUGCCUGGACUAGAAAGUGCCUUUGCUUCAUUCUGGGCAUCAAGUGUCAAGUCCAAGUGUCCUUAAGUCAAACAGAGUUUUUCUUUGUUUCAUUGUUUUGGUUUUUUUUUUUUUUUUGAAUUAUGGAAUAUAGUGCAGAAAAUGCUUCAUUAAGAUGAGAAGUGCAUGUUUUGAUUUUCAAAGAACUUUUUAAGUACUUGAAUUUUAUACAGGAAACCAGGUUGUCAGGCCUUGUGCUCACUAUCUGCCCUUUGUUGAUCCCCUUAUGCUUUCCAUUUUUACUUUUUGCUCUUUGUUCUUUCCUGCAUAAUCUCCAUUUUAUCAUUACAAAUUUCUUUAUUUCUUUUAUCUAUAUCCUGCUUUGACAAAAAAGCUCCCAUCUUUUCAUUAUUUUAGUAUUUCUCUGUGUGACUUUUAAAUAUCUUUAUUGUAGCUACUGUUUUAAUUUAAAGAUUAAACUUGAAAAUAUGUUCUUAUUCAUGGUGCCAAAAUUUACUUUCUAACACCAUGUGUUAGAAAAUGA